CAACAACAACUAAAACUAAAACUUGAAUUAAUCAAACUUUUUUUUGUGUUCAUCAGAAAUGAAAAAUGAUCGAUUCAUGAGUGAUAUACCUUAAUGGUCCCUUUUCUUCUAUAUCUUUGCUGUGUUUGGAUCUGAUUUUUUUUUCUUUUGUUCUUCAUCGUUAUCAGAAGAAAAUGAAAUAGGAGUGAAAACGACAAUACAAACAUAGCAGCCAUCUGAAAGAAGAAGAAGAAGAAGAAAAAAUGCCAGCAGCUUGUAGCCUUUUUUUGAAACGAAACUGAGUGUAUGUAUGAGAAAAAAAAACGCCAUGCAUACAUUUAUUGAACUACAGGCAAUCUCAAUUAGCAGCCCAAAAAACAUAUGCAUAUUUGGAACCGAAUUGACUGCUGCUGCUGCUGGUACAUUGCAUAUAUGAAUCAAGGAUAAUAUUAAUAUCCUAUGUGUGUAUCCUGUCAAAAUUGUUGUUCUUUGCAGAAAAAAAACAACAACAACAACAAACGAAAAACGCUAAGAAUUAGUGGUUGAAGGCAACAAAAAAAAUUCUCGACAAAACCAAAAGAAUUCUUGACGAUCGAUCGUUUCGCUUUUUUUUUCUUUGUUCUCAACUAACAAAUCAAUCAGGCCACAUUGGCGACGCGGGUUACAUAUGAGUUAUUUUCCUUUCCUCCCCUGUUAACAUUCAAACUGGAUUGGACCAUAAUCAGAACGAUAAAAAAUUUCAUGAGAAUGACAAUCGAAUAAGAAUAAAAAAUUCAACAGAAUUGAUUCAAGGAAGAAAAAAAAAAUUCAUUUUUCUCAUUUUUAUUCCUGGUCAUUAUCGUUUCAUUUGCCAUAUAAUCAUUAUUUUUAUCAUCAUCAUCAUCACCAUCAUCAUCAUCGCUGGUAAUGACUUCCGCCAACACACGCACAGCACAUUAUUAUUAUUGCCAAAAAUUAAUGUCCGAUAUUUUGUUCAGAUAACAUUGAUUUAUUUGUCAUAAAAUUGCUUUUACCAUCUUUUCAUUGUCAUUGUGAUUGAUUCGGCACAUUUUUAGACAUAAACAAGCAACGAUAAAAUCAUUUUGUGUCUUCUCUGUUUGUGCGAGUGAUUUGUGUUUGUCAACAUCAAUUCUGACCAUUCUACAUUUUCUAUGUGUCCAUGUCUAUUGUUGUCAUUUAUGGACCGUUGGAUGCCAACAUUCUAUCAUCCAUAACUACUGCAGAGAAAUAAAAUAGAAAAAAAAAACUUAAACAAAAUGGAUUACAUACGACAAUUUGAUAUUCGUUUGGAGAAAGAAAUGUAUUAUCCGGGUGAAUGCUUGGCCGGACAUGUUAUAUUGAAUACAAUGGAGAAUUUCAAAUUAAAAGCCAUACGAGUGAUAUUACGGGGCAAAGCACAAGCAGAAUGGAAAGUAAUUGUUAGUGGUGAUCGUCGAACCGUUAAGGAUGAUCAGAUAUUCAUUGAUGAUCGUUGUAGCAUAUGGGGUAAAGACGGUGAAACCGGUAUACUAACCCGAGGCCAACAUUCAUUUCCAUUUAAAUUUCAAUUACCGGAAAGUUGUCUACCGUGUAGUUUUGAAUCAAAACCAUGUCAAAUACGUUAUUAUAUAAAGGUAACCAUCGAUAUACCGUAUGCAUCACCGCCUCAAGGAAUGAAAUAUUUCACAAUCAUUGGACCACAUAUCGAUUGUAUGGAUGAACAAUAUCUGAAACCACUUGUUGGCCGUGAUAGACGUUCAAUUUGUUGCCUUUGUUGUCGUCAUGGUAUAGUUAGCCUUAAAGCCUAUUUGGAACGUUCCGGUUAUUGUUGUGGCGAAAGUAUACGUCUUAAAGCUGAAAUUGAUAAUCAAAGCGAAGAAAUUGUUCGUCUAAGAUUGAAAUUAGUUCAGCAUGUAAAUUUUUCCAUCGAACGUGGUGUUUUGGGCCUAAGUAAAGAAUUAACACAUACCGUGCUUGAAUAUCUGGGUGAAGAUGUACAGCCAUCGCAAAAAUUUCGUUUCGACAGUACCGAUAGUCUAGUGGUACCGGUAAUGCCACCUACAUUGUUGAAUAUCUGUAAAUUAUUGCAAAUAUAUUAUAUCCUAACUGUUUGGAUCGAAAUGGAAAAAUCCAAUGAUGACUUACAUCUUAAUUUUCCAUUGACCAUUGCUACAUGUCCGUUUAGGAUACCGAAUUCAAAUAAACAGCCCAUCAUUGACUACGAUGUAUGCUGUGAUCAUGUUGAAGGUGGCCAAUAUAUUGGACCAGAAUUUCAAUUAGGUCAAGUAUAUGAUGGAUCAUUGGGCAUGGAAGAAGGUGAAACCAUUGUUCUUUAUCGUCCUGUUUAUGUUUGUGUUCGAAAAUCUACUUCUCAUCAAUCACAAUCAACACAGCCGCAACAACAGCAACAGCCGCCCACAAUAUCAAAAGGAACUAAAUCAGAAACGCCUAGUUCGCACAUACACCAUCAUCAUCAUCAUCAUCAACAACAACAACAACAACAACAUUAUGCCCAUCAACAUCAUCAUCAACGGAAUCAAUCAGAAUCAUCAACGUUGACCAAACAAAGACAGCAAUCCAUCAAUAAUGAGCUUACAAAAAAUUGUGGUGAUCCUGGACCAAGUCGUCAUUGUUGAUUUUUGAUUUUGAUGAUGAUGAUGGUGAUGAUGAAAAGUCAAUCAAAUCAAU